AUGACUGUUCAAGGAAGAGUCAAACUUUGUGUUUACAAGAAACUAUAAAAUUAAAUUCUAUGAAGUAGUGGCGCCACUACAUACAACACUAUCUUUAUACAUGUAGCUAUAAUAUCUAUGAGCCUGAUCAUAAAGCUUAUUCAGAUUUACAUUAACUCCAGUUUUUAUUUCAAAUGCCAACUAAACACUUAAACAUGCUACGGAUGUGUUGAUGUCAACCAGAGAGGGUUAGGAAUAGACCCCCCCCAAACCUCUAUUCUCAGCUCCUUCCACACAGAGGGGCACUCACUGCUAGGACUAACGGGGGCUACCAUGAAGUGUGCAUGAGUCGCUCAAGUGUUUCUCUGUAGGCAGGGAGCUAUCAGGAAGUGGAGCUGAGUUGUCUCUUCACUUGUCUCAUCAAUGCAGCUUUCAUUCUCCCUCAGUGGGGCAACAUGGAAGCUGUACAAAAGGACCACUGGUACUUUGUGGCACUUGUUUUUCUCCCUUUUCUUAAAGUUUCUGUCCAGCAGAAGGAGGUGGUUACAGUUCGUUUGGAGGAAGGGAUGGUUCUGGACUGUCUGUGCCCCUGGGACGGCAACCUCAGCAUGGUGUCCUGGAGCAAAGACUUAGAGAAGGAGCCAAUAGCGCUCUACCAUCCAGAGCACGGCACGAUCUUCUCCAGUCGUUACAGUGGGAGGACAGAGUUCCUAAAGACCACACCGAUGGAUGGAAGCAUCGCCAUCAGUAAUGUUACUCAUCAGGACAUUGGGACUUACCACUGCUCUGUUCAAACCUUCCCUCAAGGACCGUGGAUCAGAACCGUUGAGGUGGAGGAUUUAGACGAACCCCCAGAAGAAGACCAAGGCACAGAGCCCCCUACGCCGGAGCCCGUUCAUGCCGACCUAACGCUGGUGGCAGAGCAGAACGACAACGUGACCCUCAGCUGUCACCACCAACACAGCGGCACCGUUUACCAGGUCAUCCUGGAGCGGCUGCCGCACGGCCAGCGCGGGACCAUCACUGGGGUGUGUAAACACGCGGAGGGAAACCUGGUGAGGGAGGACUACAGCAGCAGGGGGACGGUCAACUGUGCCAGCAGCCUGGACCUCACCCUGCACCUGAGUAAUGUGACACAAGAGGACGGGGGCUUCUACCGCUGCAGGUUCAGCACGGACGCGGGGGAGCAGGUCACUACUGUCCUGCUCUCCGUCCUCACACCGGCAGAUGGAAUCAGCCUGUCGGCCUUCAUGAUGUAUAUUUACAUCGGCGUUGGGACUGCCUGCAUCGUUCUGCUCAUUGCCAUCGUCAUAUUAGCAGUGCGUCACAGGAAGAAGAAAAGGAGAGAGAGAUACAGGGCCAAGCUUCACCCUCGUCAGAAACAGCCAAACUUCUAUGAGAACAUCCCUCUGUGUCCCAGGAUUACAAAGAAGCCCCGGCCGAUAAGAAACUGUCCCGUGUAUGCCAACGUACAGACCGUGCGCUCGCAGAAAACCAGACGUCAGCCUCGUGAUAAAUUCAUUUGCACCAGCUGCUUGUAGAUUUACAUGUAUAUAUAACAAAAAUGUGUUGCCAAAAUGAUUCCAAUUACUUGUCUGGGUUUUUAAUAGUGAGCAGUGACACUAAUGAAUCCUCAUACUGGUUUUGAAACGAGUUAACAAGCCUGGGGUCUCUGAAUGCUGUCAGCUUUGUUUGGGUCCAGCCCUGCUCCCACUAAUUAAACGUGGUAUGUACCGAAUAAUUAUUGUUGGGAAAAUAUUUGUUUGGAACAAAACAAUGUUUGACAGUAACCAUCAAGCAGAAAGAGCAGACAAUAGCCUGUCUAAUCAUUCUUUUCACUUCUCUAACCCCUCAGUAAAAUGAUUGACAAAAGCCUGUGUAAUUGCUCUCCGUUUACUUUCAUCCCCCCUGGUUUCCACUCAGAGCUUGACAAUAGUGUCUAAUCAUCUAACGGAAAAGAAAAACAGUGGUUCAGCACUGUACCGUCACUCCAGACUGUUGCGUUCCCCAAAGGACUUUCACAUCUAGGCUGGCUGCAUUCUAGUUGUGGCAUGCUCUUCUUGUGAAAGCUAAACUCUAAUUAGCUCAUUUAGUGCUUUAGUUUAUAGGCUCUUACACUACAGUAAAUCACAUGUUUAUUGAGAAAUGUUUCUACAAUUGUUCUGUGCUUUGGAUUAAAAACAUUUUUUCACAUAAUUGAAAUGUAGUUAAAAAGGGUUUUUAUGGUAUGCUGUCACAAAUGUUAUGGGUUGUAUUUAUUAUUUGUACAUUUUCUUAACUAGAUUCAUGCUGGUGCUGUUCAGCUGUGUGUGGUUUAUGUGUAAUGUGGCUCGUUUAUCUCCAUAGAAAUACGGGCUUUUCUGCUAGAAAGCAAGACAAAUGUGGAUCAAACUGUAGAAGGACAAUUAAUCUGGAAGCACACGUUUAUGUCUUCACUGCUGUGCAUCUGGCCGUGGUGCUGUGUGUGUGUUCCUAGCACAGAUGUGGUAGAAGUACACAACGUUUGCACUCAAGUAAUACGUCCAAUUCUUGAAGUACGUGCUCCGUAAUUGAACAGGAUGUUGUGCAGGUCCAGAUUCAGAUUUACCUGACAAAAUUUCAAACAUUAAAAUGAUGUCAAAGAACAUUUCUAACAAUAAAUAAGAUACAAAUGGUGAGCUGUGUGUAUGUGAUCCAUGAAUGUCCAUCACUGUUUAUUAGUAAAUUAAUAUGUUGUAUCAGUAAAGUAACAAUUAACCAUAAUAAAGUAGCGGGGUACAAUACUAUCUUCUGAACUGUGCUGGAGAAAAGGUAGAAAUACUCCAAAGUACUGCACUUGAGUAUAAGUUACUUACUGUAUCACCUCUGGACUAGCAUUACUGAAACUGAAGUGUGACUGAUCAUGAUGCUGCAAAUAAAAUCAAGUGUCAGACCUA